AUGUCCUACUCUGUUGCUCCUCAUCUCAAGUACUUCACGGUACCCUUUGCCGACUUUGCAGAUGCCCGUCCUGAAUUUGACGCGUUCGGGGUGGGAGCCUUCAUUUUCUCCCGCGACCGCGUCCUUCUCCUUCAACGUGCAUUCACAGACUCUAUGCCUGGUUGCUGGGAGGGGCCCGGGGGUGCAUCGGAGCCUGAAGAGGAUGGAACCCUACUCGAUGGAGUUGUACGCGAAGUACUAGAAGAGAGCGGGUUACAUGUGACUCGCAUCAUUGAGCUGGUUGCGGUCGAUUGCUGGGAGCACCAUCGCCGAAGUGGAGGCAAGAUGCGAAUUGCGAAAUAUUCUUUCAUUGUCGAUGUUCGCGAGACAAGAAACUCACUGGAAGAGCAGCUAUCACCGCUGGAGAUUCCGGUUCAACUGGCGGACACAGAGCACCAAGCAUUUGACUGGGCCUCAGAAGAAGAGGUCCAGCUUUCUGUUGAAUCCAAGGGUCGAUACCAGUUUCCUCUUUUAUCAGUCUCGCAGCAAUCCACCAAUAUUCUCCGCGCUUUUGAACUCAGGCGCUCAAAUAGUGAAUCAGACCUGGCAUAG